GUGAGCUGCCCACGUGGAGCGAACUUUGCCUCGGCCUGUGGGUACAGCCCGCCUCGGUAAUGGUGAGGCGAGGAGCGCUGAGGCGCUGCCUGCAGCUGCUGGCUCCCUCGGGGGAGCCGGCGCGCCGGGGCCGGGGGCGGAGGAACCCGGGCGCCGGCCGCCGCGGCCCCUCCUUCCGAGCGGGGGUGCUGUGCCCGGGGGCGCCGUGGCCGGCGGCUCAGGAACAGCGGCAGCAACAGCAGCGGCGGCGGCGCGCGCGUCCAGCCGUCCUCCGCGCCAGCUCUGAAAAGGACAUGGAUGAAAAUGAAAGCAACCAAUCCCUGAUGACAAGCAGCCAGUAUCCUAAAGAAGCAGUAAGAAAACGCCAAAACUCAGCCCGGAGUUCUGUAGGAAGUGAUUCUUCUAGGUUGUCCAGGAAAAGUUUCAAACUGGAUUACAGACUAGAAGAAGAUGUAACUAAAUCAAAGAAAGGAAAGGAUGGCAGAUUUGUCAACCCUUGGCCAACUUGGAAAAGUCUCUCUAUUCCAAAUGUUCUCAGGUGGCUGAUAAUGGAGAAAGAUCACAGCAGUGUCCCGUGUUCCAAAGAGGAACUUGAUAAAGAGCUUCCAGUGCUGAGGCCGUAUUUUAUCGAUGACCCCGAGGAAGUUGGGGUGCGGGAAGCCGGCCUCAGAGUCACGUGGCUGGGACAUGCGACGGUCAUGGUGGAAAUGGACGAGCUGGUAUUUCUCACGGAUCCCGUCUUUAGCUCCCGUGCGUCACCGUCACAGCACAUGGGUCCGAAGCGCUUCCGCCGUCCACCGUGCACCAUAGGUGAACUCCCCCCAAUAGAUGCUGUCCUUAUCAGUCACAACCACUAUGACCAUCUGGACUAUCAUUCUGUCGUCGCUCUGAAUGAGCGAUUCGGUCAGGAGUUGCGAUGGUUUGUUCCUUUGGGUCUCCUGGACUGGAUGCAGAAGUGCGGCUGUGAGAAUGUGAUCGAGCUGGACUGGUGGGAGGAGAAUUGUGUCCCGGGACAUGACAAGGUGACCUUUGUCUUUACGCCCUCCCAGCACUGGUGCAAACGGACUCUCAUGGAUGACAACAAGGUUCUAUGGGGCAGCUGGUCUGUCUUGGGGCCUUGGAGCCGUUUUUUUUUUGCAGGAGACACUGGCUAUUGCUCUGCCUUUGAAGAGAUAGGAAAAAGGUUUGGACCUUUUGACCUUGCAGCUAUUCCCAUCGGAGCGUAUGAACCAAGGUGGUUCAUGAAAUAUCAGCAUGUAGACCCAGAAGAAGCUGUAAGGAUUCACAUUGAUGUCCAGACGAAGAAAUCUGUGGCAAUUCACUGGGGAACUUUUGCCUUAGCAAAUGAGCAUUACUUAGAGCCCCCAGUGAAACUGAGUGAGGCUCUGGGAAGAUACGGACUUACAAGUGAAGAUUUUUUUGUCUUGAGGCACGGAGAAUCCAGAUACCUCCAUACUGACGAUGAAAACUCUGAAUAAAUGUGAGCACGGGAGCUUUUUGUGAAAAAGGUAUCCUCUAAGCUAGGAAAGACUGAGAAAUUCAUGAAUAUUAGGACGUUUUACAUUUGGAAACCACUUCUAUAAGUUUGUGUUUUAUGUGACAACUUGCUUGCUACUCCAAAUGCCAGUUCAUAUGAAGAAGAGUUCAGAGGUGGGUCUUUAAAAAAUGAAUUGGCAGAGAGGAAUGUGAAUCCUGUCUCAAUGGUAGAAGCAUUGAAACGGUAUUUUUUUUAAAGGACUGUUCUUUAGUGGUAGAAUUUGGAAGUUAUGAAAACUGAUUUUAAAGUCUUCUUUCUGUUCUUCUGGUUCAGGGCCUGCUACAGGUCGAGUCUGUCUACCUAGAUUGUUUGAGGCUGCACAUAGAAGUUUCUUACAUUCUCAUUAGAGUAAGUGAUGGAAUGGACACCUGCCUGCUUACAGCAUUUCUUGUUCCGUCAAGAUUAGCUUAUAUGCCAAAUGUUGUGAUUUAUUUUCUUAAGUAUAAAACCAUAGGAGGUUGGGCUAAGUUAUCAUUUUUAAAGACUUCAUUUUUAAAAAGAGGAAUAUAUUCUGUUGCACAUCUCCAGUCCCCAAAUCAGAAGAUGCCUGAGUUGGGCAAAGGAAGGGAGAGAGUGUAGUUAUGAGGACAUGACCGAUGACCUCUUCUAUUUUUAAUCUGUAAGUCAGACCUGCUGAGCACAAAGAUCACUGCAGGGAAAUGAUAUUUUACAAAGAUAAAUGCAGACCUUAAAAUGUUAAUAAUUCCCCCUAUAUUCUCUUUUCUCUCCACCUUCUCAUCCCCCCCCCUUGUUUCUUAGCUCCAACCCUCAAUAUAUCAAUAUAUCAAUAAGAUUUAGAAAUAAUUUGUUUGUUUUACAUGAUCAGAGGUCUUCUAUUUUUAUAUUAAAUGACCCCUACGCACAAUUCUGCUUUUACUAAGCUAGUGCGGAAUACUCGCAGUUUAAAAGUGAUUCCGGGAAUUAGUUGACCUGAGUCCUGUAAGGGCUCUGGGGUCGCCCAGGUGCUCUGAACCUUCCUCGGAGCCUAUGAGGUACCUGAGAGGCCCAUCCCAUCUUGCUGAAACCAGCUUCAUUCGUACAAUAAUCAAAGUAGGCUUUUUACACCUGCUGCUGCAUAGGUGGUGUUCUGUUUUCACAUACACAUCCUGCAUGCCACCUAUUAGCCAUGUCCUCGGAAUUUUAAUCCUGCUUCCGCCACGAUUCUGUGUAUCCUGACACAAGUCACCUACGCUCACUGUGCCUCAGUUUCCUCAAGUGCAACAAGGGGAUAAUUUUGACCUACCUCCAAAAAAUGUGAAUAGUGAUUUUUUUUUUAAAAGCACUUUGAAAAUAUAAGGGAGAAAAUUAUUUCUUAAGACACCACUGCCUACUAUAGACCCGUAGAGCUGAAAAUAGGCUCAUGCUUUUGAUCGCGUAUUGUUCCUAUUGCAGAUUCAAGCAUCUCUACCUAGGACAUGAAGCACUGAGGACUAACAACUUUAUCUCCUUUUAUAAAUCUGGAGAGUAAUAGCCAAAACCCAUGUAAAUGAGCUUUAUCAAAAUUUAGCAUUUUUUAUCUUACAAAGAUGCAAAUCAGUCAGGGGGAUAUGUAUAUAUAAUGUGUGUGAAUGUAUGUGAUUUGGAGGCACUAAAGCACAAAAAAUUUCCCCAUAAAAUAACCUUCAGGAAAAAAACAACCACUAUAAACCUUUCACUCCAAAGGAACAUUCUAGCAGGUAGAUGGGAAUGGAGAAGUUAGGUUGAUGGUGGAUUAGCUUUGGGGCCGGGUGCCCUCCUUGCUGUUGCACGCUGCAUUCAACACGCCUCUCCUGCCUCUGCUCUGAGGCAGCCCCAGCUCAUCUUAAUUUGUCUGCUCCAUGAAUGGCCUUAACAUGGUUUCUGUAUUCACGUGUACUGCGUAACCACAGGUCUCUGAGCACUUUAAAUUAGAUUCUAGUUCCACUGAAUUAGGCCUGCCUUGUUUUUCCAGGCCUCCUCACAAGCUUUAAUUUUGAUUACCAUUCAGAUUCUAGGUCGACAUUUUACGUACAUCCAGCUAACAUCUCCUUGUACAAUCUCAUUCUACUGAGUGAUUUCCGUUUUCUCACUUAGCUACCUUUGUACGUGCUUAUGUAUAAAACAAAACCAAAUUUGGAAAGCCAAAUCCACUCUCUUGCCUCUAUUCCGUCUAACCUCUGCCGUAAUACCUUUUACUUGAUCGUAUCGGAUCAGUUUUAUUUUUCCCUUUGAUUAGGUAGCACCCAUUUGACCACGUGAGAUGUGACUGAGGAACCCCUUGAUGUCCCUCCUUGCCUGGAGGGUGGGAUCACCUAGUGUGUGUUGGGGGGGAAUCUUAAGAAAAGCCAAGAUAUGCCAUGACCUGCACAGAUGGAAGAUCUGUUUGUGCAUUUUCACUUUGUAAUUUUUCCUGGGUAGUCAAAAAUGACUCCCCCUUUUCUCUAGCAUUUUGACAUAUCAGACAUAAUGCUCUGAUCUCCAGGAAAUGGGAUGAUCUAUUCAAAGAAAAAACAGAAGAAGGAAGAGUUGGGGUUUUAGAAUCCAGUGCUGCCAACGCACAUUAAAGCCAAAUCCUAGUUUUUAUCAUGUGCACACUUUGAUUUUCACUAAAGGCAGAUCUUAAAAAAAAAAACAAAAAACCAACUGUUAUAAAGAAGUGUGCCUUUCAGGGAAUUAGUACUUUUACUUAUCAGUGAUGCAAACCUAAGUAGUGUUCUUAGCAUCUACACAUUACUACCGUAGCCACCUGGGAACUUCCCCGUUUUCACCUCAAUACUGAAUCCUUUUUCUACUAUAAAAGUAAUUCUUCCAAGUUUGAUUUCUGUAUCAGGAUAAGCCUGAAAAUACACAUUUUGCUGUUUGAGGAUCUGUGACUUCCUAUGGAAAUCCAUGUAUUUACAAAUGAAAUUAAAGUACUUGUAUGGCUUUGCCUUAACUACCUGGAGUAGGAAAGUGCUGCUUGCAUACUGGUUUACUUAAUACUCAGCAUGGUGAUGGUUAUGAGCUUGAACAUUAUAAAACCUGGCUGAUUGGAAAUCUAUUAAUUGUUACAAUAGCUUAUGGAAUAAAAAUACUCUGAAGAUAAUGACUAAAAUUACAAUAUAUGAAAAAUAUCUGCUAAAUAAAUAUGAAAAUGAAUAAAGUACUAUCAGGAGAAAA